AUAUUAGUGUUGUUAUUUCAUGACCAAAAUGGCCAGCAGUGGAGUUCUAGUAAAAAAGGAUUUAUGUUGCAUGGAUUAUUUUUAAAAUUUUAUAAAGACUUCCGCUGUAUCCAAUAGCUUGCUGUGUUGUAAACACUUUAAUUCGAUGCCUAAGGACAUUCAUCAUACACAUUUUUCGUUUUGUAGUAGUUUCAUGGUAGUCUUGCCUUAACUUUUACUUUAAACUUUAUUAACGACGUUAAUUACGUACCCGGUCCACGUACCCUACGCAACUCCUAAGCCAAACUCUUAAGUUACAAGUUACAAAUUAUUAAGUAUAUUAAGAAUAAAAAAGGUAUACAUUUUAGACUUUUUAAGAUGAUUAUGAUUAGGAACUCAGCCCACUUUGAAACAAUGAAGAGGCCUACGCCUACUUCUACCCAUAUAUGAUUAUAUUAUAUUAACUAUAUUCUAGCCUAGCCUAGACUCUACUGCCUAGCUAGACCUAUACUUAACUUACACUAUACUUAUAAGUUAAGGUAUAGCUACUAAAUUAAUUAAAUUUUGCUAGCUUAAUUUUAUUAUUUUGGCGAUUUCUAAUUAUUUACUUUAGAAGGGCUGUUUGCCGACUUCUGUCUUAUUCUUAGACUUUUACCCUUGGCCUAUCCACUUUUUUAAAUACUACAAAUACAAUUUACUCUUUAUAUUAUUAAAAAUUAGUCUUUCUAUUUUAAUUUUACUGUAUUUUGCAGGCUUAGCCUACUGAACUGAUAAUGAAUAUGAUUUAUUAAUUUUAUUAGUCGUGAGGGCGGUUACUGUUAUUUAUUCUAAGUUUGGUUGGCCCCUAUUUAGAUUUUUGUGUAGGUGCUAGCAAAUCAAUAAAUUUAAAUAAAUAGAAAGGGUUGGUUGGUAGCCUGAGGUUUAGUUAGUAAACUAUAUAGACCAGUGGUUCUCAAAGUGGACAUUAUCACCCCCUAGGGGCAAGUGAGCGGUGGGUAUGCUCAGGGGGAACUGACAGACUGGAGAUUUAAGUAUCAGCGGGACUCUCAAAUCAGCGGGACGCUGGAGAAUCAUAUCAGAUGAUACAUUUUUAAAUUAUAUUAUGCGUUUUAAAGAUAUAUGAUAUAUAUAACAUUAUAUUUACUGCUAUGAAUGACAUGUCGGAUUCAAAGAAAAUUCAGGAUUUAGAUUAUUUACUUUUUUUUUUCCCACAGUCCACAAAGACAAGAUACUUGACCUAACUUUUAAGAAGAUGUAACAUCUUCUAAAAUUAAUGAUACUUAGUGGUAGCAUGGCUGACAAUGUUUUCUAUUAUUAAAUUGACUCUAGGGGCUGUCCAUAAAGUAUGUCACGCUAUUUUUGACCAUUUUUACCCCCCCCCUCCCCCCUUGUCACAAACUGUCACAAAUCUCAGAGACACACACCCCCCCCCCAAGUACGUCACACUUUCAAACAAUUUAUUUUUUGACCAUUUUUCCCCCCCCCCUCCCCCCUUGUCACAAACUGUCACAAAUCUCAGAGACACACACCCCCCCCCCAAGUACGUCACACUUUCAAACAAUUUAAAAAAAAAUAAAAAAAUUACACCUAAUUAAAAUUUAAUCUAAAAAAACACUUCACUUUUAAACUGUAUUAAAAUAUAACAUUUCCACUUAAAAGAACAUAUUAUUAAAAUGACUUAAAUAGUAGAAUAGUUAAUUGUCAACAGUUUUUACAGGUAUUCAUUGAAGCAGUAACUCAAGCUAGAUUGAAUUUGAAAACUAAAAUUGCGAAAAUUAGACUAGACAAUUAUAUAAUACACAUCAUUUAUCUGCUGCUUUUUCAUUUACAAUAGGUGAGGUCAAGAUUCAGACAAUUUUCCGAUUAUCCAAUCUUUUUACACGGGAUCAGAAGUAGAUUAGCGAAACUUGACCUCGCCCAGUGAUAUAAUAAUAAAAAGAACAGUGACAUAAUUAUUCAGCGGACAACAUAGAAAUAAUAAUACUUUAGGCAUGACGAAAGCAAGGCUAUACAUAAAACAAGGCUUGGUAACAGCAUACUAGCGCUCCUAGCGAGAGGAAUCGUGAACAACACAUUAAGAGAUACACAUUUCAUGCUAUUUUGACAUAAAACUAAUUCAAAUGUUUCACAAAAUUUUUGAAAAUUAUUUUUAAAGCUAUUCAAUUCUACUACAAAAAAAAAAAAAAAAAAUAAAAAAGAAAAAAAAAAAAAAAAAAUUUGCCCAAACCACUUCCCCCCCCCCCCCCCCCCCCUUUUCCUCCCCCCUGUCACAAACUGUCACACUUUCUUACACCCCUCCCCCCUCUAGAGCGUGACGUAUUUUAUGGACGGCCCCCUACAAAUAACCUGAAGACUGUCAAGUAUGUUUUAAAAGCUCCUCAUGAAAACAUCAACAUACCCUUACAUAGCUUAUUGCUAAAUAGUGGAAAUUCAUAAACAAUCGUCUUAACAGCUAUUUAUAUGGUCUAACUUCUUAAAAAACAAACUGCAAACAUGGAAAAUAAGUUGCAUAGGAUACCAAAGCAUUCAUUUACAAUUAGAUGAGUUGAUUUUCAAAACAAUAAAUCUUAUUGUACUGGUAAUGCCAUGGAGUGGGGAGGAGGUGUCCACAAUGCCUUUCUUGGUGCUGACUCCAAAGACAUCACACAAGACAUAGUUUUUAUAUUAGAAUUUUUUCCUAGAUUAAAUGAAAAUGAUUUUGCUGUUUCAGAAGAAUGAGAUUAAUCUUUUUAAAACUAAGUCUCCUUUAUUUAGUAUCAAAAUCAACUUCAUUUAAGCCUAUGACAGGGACAUAUUCCGUUAUACUUAUUUUCAAGCCCUUCUGAGCAGGAAGGGAAAAUUGAGAUGCAUAGAUGGUAGCAUUUUGCGACCAUUUUUAUAUGCUAGGCAAAAUUUUCUGAGCAAUUUUUGUAUUUUCUUUUGAUGGAUCCCUUUUUGUGAUUGAUGCAGUUGGUGAAGUAGAGAAGGAGCUUAUUCAACACAAAAAAAAAGAUAUUGAGUGUUAGCCACAGUUUAAAAAAAUAGAUGAAGUAGGAUAUUUUCUAUUAUAUUCUGCACUUCAGAAGGUGGUUAAUAAAUUUCAUUGCAUUCUCAACACAGUAUUUGAUGUAAUAUGGUUUUAAUGUUGCCAUCCAGAUUAGCUCAAAGAAACAACAUAUAAAUAUAAACAUUGUCAAAGAAGUUUUUGCUAAAAAAUUAUAUUACUUUAUGAAGCACACCCUAAGCAUCCAAACUUGAUUACCAAUAAAAAAAAAAGUGACAUCCCCCCCAGAAUUAUUGCCAAGUAAUAUUCCAAAUUUAAAAAGCUAAUGUCUUUUCAUUUGAGGGCUGGCAACAUUUUUUAUGAGACUAUAAUGGGAAAAGGCAAGAGGAAGAGUUUAUGACCCCAGGGGGCCGGUGGCAGGAAAAAAUUUGAAAACCACUGGUUUAGACUAUAGUCAUGAUUAUCCUUAUUCAUAGCUUAUGGUUUGAGUAUCAUACUUCUCUCAACCAACAAGACUUGAAAAUUUUAACUUUUGCCAUGGCUUUGACCAUUUAAUUGCCCUUUGCAAGUUUAAAAAGUCAAGAGUAAGUUUCAAAUAAAUUCUUUCUCAACAGCCAAUCAUAAUCUGUUAAUCAUGCAAUCAUUUAACCAAGUGUAGGCCCUUUAGUGUUUAAACUGGCAUUCAUAGACAUAAACUCUUAAGUAAAUCAUAUUGAUAAAAAGACCUAAAUGUUUGAAUUAACCUUAAUUAAACCCCAGAGAGAAUGGCCGUGCCUAAGCUAAGGGUUUCGAAUCAAAUUAUCAUCAUAACAUUGUCGUAACUCUACUCUUAAACUUAAUUGAUUGAUUACUCCUUUUUUUUAAAUUGUAGAAUCACAAGAUCUUUUUACAACCUUAAAACCUUUGUGCAGCAAGAGAACUUUCCACAUUUAAUCCAGCUUUGAAGAAUUUAGUUCUCUUUGUAACUUCAAAUUGCUGUAAAAGUGAAGUUGGAAAAACAAUGGAACUUCCUGGUGAUAUGCCUGUGACGCUCACGAUCAAAGCCCCAAAUCAGCGCAUGGAAGAUCAAACUGUUGACUGUAUGCUAGGAUGGACCAUAAAGAAACUGAAAAAGCAUUUAGAGACUGUGUAUCCUAGCAAACCAGUAAGAAGAUUUUGAUAUAUUGAUAAGGACAGACUUAAAAUGUAUGUCCCACUGUAAUGUAAUUUAAAUUAUGUGCAUUUGGUCUCAAUAAUAGUAAAUGUGUUAAGUUCCUUUUAUUUUGUAAUAAACAGCGCUAUAGAAGAUUUUUGGGGCUCAAUUUUACAAGUGUUAACAUAAUAUUAAUAGUGUCAAGGGUAUUAAAAAAGAGUAACUCAGAGGAGCAUUUGAUAUGGUUCUAUUGGUAAGAUAAGAAAUAUAUUUUAAUAUAUCUAAAUUAAUUUUCUUUUCCAAAAAACAUUAUUUGUUUACUUAGCAAGGCAGUAUAAUAAUAAUAUAUCAAUGGUCAGAAAGAUAAGCAGAUGUGGAAACUUGAAAAACCUAAUUCAAGUUUUUUUAUUUGAUGUUACAGAAACACAACGAGCAACGUCUGAUUUAUUCAGGGCGCUUACUGCAGGAUCAUCUUACGUUGAAAGAAAUCUUGCGUCAGGUAUUAGCAAUUUCAAUUCUAUAAUUGAAGGUUAUUUUUAAAAUAUGAACUUUUUUUUUUAUUAACUUCAUGGAUAUAGACAUGGAUAAAACUAAUGAAAGAAUUGGUUUAACUCGUGUAAAUAUCCUGAUUUAAUUUUGAACAAAUAUAAAGCUAACCAUACGAUUAUUAUUCUUUCCUAUAUUUUAAUUUUGGAUAUAUUAUUUCUUUAAAAUUCCCAGCCAUUUAUUCUAAAAUAUUUCUAUACAAAAUGCUAUUGCAUAUGUUCUUUAGGCAAGACUAACAUGAAGCUUAAGGUAUGAUCCACUUCCUAUUUAGUUACCAUAUCUAUAAUAAUGAUCUUUAUUUUCAGUAUGAUGGCUCAGAACUCCCCAGCAAUAACCAUACUGUUCAUUUAGUGUGUUCCAGCAGCUCUGAUUUAUCAAACAGCAAUACCCCUUCAUCUCAAAGUUCUUCUGAUAAAGUGGUAAGUCCAAUCAUUUAUUAUUUGGUCUGUAAGGAUAAAAGAAUAAUAGCAUCUAUGUUUUGAUAAACAUUUAUAAAUUCAUACUUUGAAGGAUUUCUUUAUGUUAGCAGAGUCAAGUUGCACAUGAGUGAACAAUAAUUCCAUUGUAUUCACUUGAAAAUCAGUAUUUUGGUUAAAAAUCAAGUAUAAGAGUUUCUAUUUGAUUUUAAAGACAUGAAUACAAAAUCAUAUUUGAAACAGCAUUAUAUACUUGUCAAGUGUCAUUUUUUUGGUGUUUUUUUUAAUGUUGAUUUUAUUAAUGUCAAUGUCAUUUAUGUUUUUCGUAUGAAAUAUUUAAGUGGACUGAUAAAAUUGAGUGAAGAGAUUUCUCCAGCUUAUAUCACUUAGAUCUUAUUUCUAUUGAUUAAGUAAGGGUGUCAAGUAUGCAACAGAUGUUUACACGUUUUUCUCAAUAAUCCAUAAUGGUGAGAGUGGGGCUAACACCAGGAAUACUUUGUUUUAUGAACAACGUUACUUGAAGCUCUUAUUGCGUCAUGCAAUAUAUAUAUAUAUAUAUAUAUAUAUAUAUAUAUAUAUAUAUAUUAGUCACAAUAACUCACAAGUGAUUUAUGUGUGUGUGUGUAGAUUUUUGUCACCAGUAUAUUUUUUCUCUAUAAUCUAUAAUGGUGAGAGUGGGGCGAACACAAGAAAUAUUUUUUUUUAUGAACAACGUUAUUUGAAGCUCUUAUUGCGUCAUGCAAUAUAUAUAUAUAUAUAUAUAUAUAUAUAUAUAUAUAUAUAUAUUAGGCACAUUAACUCCCAAGGCAUUGAUUUGUGUGUGUGUAGAUUUGUGCCACAAGUAGACUAAACUUGAGGACACAUGUGACAGGGAACUCAUUGGGGGGAAUCGGGAGAUCAUUUAGGCUAAAUUUAUUUUGUUGACAUGGGAGUGGCUAAAAUUAAACCAUUUUCUUUAAUAGUUUUUUUGUCUUAGAUUUUUUAUUUUUGCUAGAGAUGUAAAAAAUAUACAAAUUUGUUAUAGCUAGUUUUAGAAAAAAUGCAAUGAGACCAAGCUUUUAAUCUACCCCCUUUCAACUUUAUUGUCUAGCUCAGUGGUCUCCAAACUGCGGGCCAAAUGCGGCCCACGAUCGGCCCGGGAUGCCCUCUCAUCUGGCCCGUGGAGAACUUUUUGUCUAUGUAAACAAAUUACGGGAAUUUUACGUGUAUCCCGCCAAGAUAAAAAAUAGAGGCGUGCAGUAGUACGUUAUGUUUUCCAACCAAUCACUACAUAGCAAAACCGUGAUCGCUGCUUAGUUCUUCUACUUCUGUUCACAGUCAAUAAGAUGAUGUAAUGCUAUGUAGUGGUGGAAUUUUUAAGUAGUUUGCUGCUUGUUCAAGACUUGAUUAUUUUGAUCAAAGUUUGCCAGCUGCGGUUGACUGCUGCAAUGAGGUGUUGGUGUCAGUUAGCGUCUGAUUGCGAAACAUGUUGCACUCUAUUUUAUUUUGUGAUAAUUUCCUUCGCGUAAUUACUUAUCAGUGUGUUUAAAGUAUUGGAAUGUCGUUAUAUUAGUAAACAAAAAAUUGAAUAUUCUGAAGAGGAAACAUUAAAAGCAACAAUCUCUCUACCAUAAGUGGAUAUAUUUGCACACUAUAUUCAGGUAAGUUUAUCCUAAGAAUUUCAUAAGAAUUUUUUAAAAAUUGUUUCGGAUCAUUUGCAGCUACAAUUGUGACAAAAUUAGUUUGCAUAAACAUGUUUUUGGAGCGAUAUUGUGUGAAAGAUACUUUCAGAUUCACUAUUUAUUCAUGUUGAAUUCACUUUAACUUAGUGCCCUGCAAUGGCAGAGAAGAGGAAAAGAAAAAUAGACGAUGAGUGUAGGCAAUUUCAAGAAGAAUGGAGUUUAAAAUACUUCUUCAUCAAAUCCGGUGAGAAAGCAUUGUGUGUGAUUUGCAACUAAACUGUGGCUGUGAUGAAAGAAUACAGCCUGCGCCAUCAAAGCAAACAUCAGGAGAAAUAUGCACAGCUGAAGGGUUAAGUCUGUGCUGAAAAAUUUUCUAAUUUAUAAAAUCAACUCACAUCUCAGAGGACAUUGUUCAUAAAUCCUCAAAUGAAAAUGAAUCCUUAACUGAGGCCAGUUGCCUAUGUCCUGGCUAAAAUUGGCAAACUGAUUACAGAUGGUGAAGUAGUGAAGGAAUAUUUGUUGGUGGUGGCUGAGGAACUUUGCCCAGAACAGUUAAAACAAUUUGAAAAUGUAGCUUUGGGUGCAAGUACCAUUGCCCGCCGUGAUAUAGACAUGGGUGAAAACAUUAUGACUCAAAAAGCGAAAAAUGCAAGCAAUUUUCGCCAUUUUUCAAUUGCAAUGGAUGAAUCGCUGGACAGCUGUUCCACCUCUCAACUGCUUGUGUUCAUUAGAGGUGUGGAUGAAGACAUGAACAUAACACAAGAGCUGGUUUUCCUACAUAGCAUGUAUGACACUGUUACCGGAGAGGAUAUAAUCAAUGAGUUGAAAAAAAUAGUUGCUGUAUAUAUAUUUGGACUGGACUAACCUCAGUUGCCUGACUAUUGAUGGAGGAAAGAACACGAGUGGCAUAAAGAAAGGCUUGGUUGGACAAGUGAAGCAGAUGUGUAAUGAGAAAAACAUUCUACAACUAAUGUUCCUGCACUGUAUUAUUUACCAGCAACCCAUUUGAAGCAGAUGUGGCCAGUUGUCCAGAUGAACUGCAGCUGGAGGUCAUUGAGUUGCAAGCAAAAAACCUCCUUAGAGAACAAACUUGUCAGAUGAUAAUCUCAGGUCAUUGUUGAUGUUAGGGACAUCAAAUCUAAAGCCAGAAAUGUCUGCUUUUUUGGCAUCCAGGAAAAAAUGUCACCAUUCCAACUAAUACAGGUGUUAUAGUGCAGUGUACUAAUGUGUUAUUAAAUAAUAGCUGAAUUAAAUAAUAAUAAAUAAAUAAUUUAAAACAACAUCCAUGUUUUUAUUUUUUAAAAUUUGGACCUCGAGGAUGUAGUCGGCCCCCGAACUGCUGUUUGAUAGUUAAUGCGGCCCUGGGGGCUGAAAAUUUUGGAGACCCCUGGUCUAGCUGAUUAGUCCAUUGCUUUAAAUUCAUUAUAUGACAAAGACACAUCAAAAAUUGUGUAUAUAGGUCGAUCUUAAUGUUUUUACUUAGCAAUAGUGUGAAAAGUGUUAUUUGAAUAACAUAAAAUAUAGUUAUAAUAGUGUUUUUUAAAAGUGUUUUAAAGUUUGAACAAAAUAAUAUAAAGAUCUAAGUCUUUUUGUAUGUGAUAACUUACUAAGGCAACAUGUUAUUUUCUUAAAAACUUUAAUUGUCCAACGUUUGAAAUCACCAAAAUUUUAAAUACUAACCAUACAAUGUUUUUCAACAUAAAAUGGGUGUGUAGUCAAUUUACCAGGGUAUAAAUUAAUUUGAAAAAAAAUGAAGCAUCCAAAAUCAAGUCAUCUUUCAAAAUUUUUAUAAAUAUUUAUUAGAAAAAGUUCUUUGGAUCACUAAAAAAAAAACAAUAAAAUUAUUUACUAGUCAGUGAAACAAUGAAAUUAAUUAUUUAUUUAAAAACCAGGAGUUGUUCAUUUCAUAAGGUAUAUAUAUUUUUUCUUUCAUCUUUCAGAAUUUCCAAUUUUAGAACAUGAAUUUCAGUUUUUUGGAAAGGUAUAUAGGCAUAUAUUUGGUAUCCAGGCAUAUCUUUGAUUUGUAGGAUUCUAUUCUGCUUGAAUAGUUUGGUGAAAACAAAUUGAAACAGUUCUCCUAUAUGAACUACUAGAUUUGAACUCCACAAUGUGAACUACUCUAUUUUCACAGCAAGCUCAAGCAACACCAUCUAGCUCAACAGCGUUAAAUAGACCAGUGACAGCACCUACCAAUAGCCAAGGUGAAGGUUUAAGAUACAGAGGUUCAUCACACACAGCAGGUGCAACUUCAGGGUGAGUAAAUAGUGACACAUCUAUCGGACCCAUUUUGGCCAUUGGCAGAGAAAUAUGUAUGCAUUUUAAGACUUUGGCUAUUAAGGUUAGUUUCACAAAUUCAACUGUGGAGAAAUAGAGCAAGUUUAUUUCAUUAAUUAGUUUAACUUAUCAAUUAUAUAAUGGAUAUAUCCAUAUAUAAUAAAUACUAUUUUUAAGCUAUUAGCUAGUAUUUAAGUUGAACCCUUCCUCUGAUAUGUCUGAAAAAUUUUUGCUGUCUGGAGUUAAAUUGAUAGUGAAGCAUCAUUAACAAAAAAAUAACUGUAAAUUUUUGCAUCCACAGAUCAGAAAGUACUUACACAAUGACCCAACCUAAUGUCAGUGCUGGUGACACAUACCCUGAAUAUUCCCUAACACCAGAGCAGUAUGCAUGGAUGAUGCAACAACAAAUGUACUCACAAUAUAUGAUGCAGUACAUGCAAUAGUGAGUAUUUUUGUUACUUGAGAAACUAUAAAAUACACUUAACUAUUCACAACUUUUUGUUUGCAUUUGGACUAUUAUAGAUUCCAAUGUAUGAUAAAUGUCUAGUGCUAACUAUCAAAUUACUAAUAACAGUUGAAAAUAAUAGCCAUAAUGACUUAAUUUGAUAAUUAAGGAAAAAGAAAUGCAAGAACUGAAGUAUAAAAUAUACAUGUGAAACAUAUUAUUUAUUACUGAGUUGAAAAAUAUUUCCCACUUCUGUCUUAAAUACUUAAUCUAUUUAACCCAUCUCUGGCACUAAAGUAGCAGUUUAAUAUUAAUAUUUAAGUGCAAUAUAAUUCAUUAAAAUGAAGACUUAUUACCUGUCUUCAUAAGCAAUUUUGAAAUACAAUAGUAGACAAAGAGUUAAUUCUGGGCCAAAUAAUGCUCAAUCUCUUUAUUUGCCAAUUUAUUUACAAGAAGUUUAAUGAAAUUUUUGAAGUGCAUUCUGUUUUGAUUUGUCAUCCAGUUAACUACUGAGUUAAUUAACUUUUUCAAUAAUAUCCCUUAGCAGUUUUAACAAUCUUUUUAAAAAUUCUCCUUCACAGCUAUCAAACUCUUUACUACAGUAUGAACCCACAACUUUCUAACUCACCGUUUGUACAGCAGCCGGUCAAUCUUGGUGCCACAUUUCAGCAGCCUCAGCCCCAGGCAGCAGCUCCUAUCAACAACGGAGUGGCUGGUCCCAAUGCCAGGCCAAAUGUUCGCAUGAAUGCCCAGGGUGGGAUUGAGGAGGAAGAUGAAGAUGAUGAAGAACCCAGAGACUGGCUUCACCAUUCUUACUUUGUGAUGCGCUUUCUCACCUUUAUGGGCAUCCUCUUCUUCUACUCAAACCUGACAAGAUUUCUCAUUGUGUUCAGUGGAUCUUUAGCAAUAUUCAUGUGAGUAAUUACUUCAUAACUUUCAGAUUCUAUGUUUUAGCCCCUGUUGUGUGUUUUAUUUGGGAAUAAUUUUUUCAGAUGGCAUUCAAUGGGGGUUUGUUAUUAGUUUCUAAGAUAACAUUUAAGUUAUUCAAAUUUUGAAUGUGCCAUUGAUGCAAAACAAAAAGUAAAUAUUUAACUAAAAAUUAAGAUUCAGUGAAGUUAGGCAUCAGUUUACUUUACAAAAAAGGUAUUUUUCCUGUCAAUAAAAUAACAUUGCCCCUUUUCUUGUCUGUAAAGUCCUCUAACCUCAUAUUUCGUCUUGUUGCUUUUGAAAAUAAAUAGUUAUAUAUCAUAGACAAUUGGAUUAUUUAAUCUGCUACUUUAACUAUCCAUGCCCAGCGCCUAUGUUUUUUGUGUGCAUCCAAUUCAUCCUAUCAUUCUGGAUCUACAACUUUUCUAAAGGUUUAGCAAUAUAGACUUUCCAGUUUUAUGAAUGAGGAAUCAAGUACUGUCAUGAAAAUCAUUAUUUUAUUCUUCUUUAAAAAGACUUAUGUCAUUUUUAGAAUAAGAAUGUAUAAUGGGGUCUAUUUCAAGUUUGAUGGGUAUUAGAGAGAUUGAGCUGGAUUAAAUGAGUUCAUUUGCAAAACCUGCUAAGUAAUUUCUUGUUGAUUUUGAGAAAAAAAAAUGAUUUUUUGUAAAUCAAUUUAUAUAGCAUUUAUAUUUUUUAUGGUGAAAUUUAGACUUUCAUAAAGCUUUUAAAUUAUUGAAUACUCAAAAUUCUGAAGAUUGACACUUAAUAAACCAGCCAAAAUGGAGAACUCAUGUAUUUUUAAAAAGUGACUUAGCAGGUUUUGCAAUUGGACUCCUCAAAAGGCUUUUGAAUCAAAUGCUUUUUUUUUGUAUCUAACAGCCCUGUGUCAUAAACCUGUUAAAAACACAUUUUUGAGCUACAAUUAUGGGUUGAAAAAGAAAUAUAAAAUAGCUGAAUUCCUUGGAUUAUAUUUUGUGCCUAUUCCUUAAUUCGGAUAACUAAAAUCCACAAGGUGUAUAUUUAGAUGCUGUUAACAAAAUACUAUAUUUUUUAUUCUCAAAUGAACAGUCUUCAGAAGUUCAGAAAAUAUAUGCAAAGGGCCCAAAGAGAGCAGGAACAACAGCGGCCUACCCAGCUGGAGCCAAACCAGCAGCAGCAGCCCAAUCAACAACAGGCACAAAAUAUACCACCACCUUCACCACCAGAAGCACAGGUGGAACAAAAUCAAGAAAGGGACAAUGCAGCAGCAGAGGUUAGCUUCUGUACUUUUAUAAGUACUAUUUGCCCUGACAACAUUAAGAAAUAUUUUUAUUCCUUAUUUCAUUUUUUAAAAAACAUAAUCUCUAUAUUUUAAUAAUUUGCCAAGUUUAAGUGGCUGAUGCAACUUUUGAAGUCUCUUGAUUUUUUCUAUAGGAGAAUGCAGAAACCCCACCAACAGAAACAGGAAACAGUGAUCAGCAACAACAAGCACCUGAGCAGCCUCAGGAUGAGGGCAGUCGCUUAACUAGAGCAUGUAUUUUCUUCUGUAAUACGGUUCAAACCUUUUUCACCUCCUUGCUGCCCACCCCACCUGAACUGCUGGAAGCUAACUGAAGAAGCUUUAUUACUUUGGAAUCUUAGCUUCAACAGCUAGCUUCUGAUCUUUUCAGUGAAAACAGAAGAUGGACUCUGCACUUCUAUCAGGAAUUGAGAACAUUUAAAGAAACGAAGCUAUAAGCUGAUCAGGGCUAUAGUUCAACAUUAAAUUAAGCAGACUUUGUUUAUUUUCUUAUAUGUUUCUUGCAACCAGCAAGAAAAAAAUAUAUUUAAAAAUAAGGAUCCAAGUACACAGCAAACAGGUUAUUGUUUUUGAGUUACUAUACAAAAAACAUAUUCUGAGACACCUAGUCAGGUAAGGGAUAAGUGACAGUCCCACAUGGGUUAAUUAUGCUUCACAAUUAGAAAAUGUAUUUUUUUUUAAAAAACACUUAUUGUUUCUGCAAAGAACUGAAAAGGUUUGCUCACUGUGGUUCCAGUGAAGCUCUUUUAUUAAAGACAUUUAUAAGUUACCCUUCUGGUGAAUCAUAGACACCCACUCACAAAUCACCCUUUAAAAAAAAAAAAAAAGCCUGAUUUAAUUCAGUGGAAAAAAAUGUAGAGAGACAAGCUAUUUUUAUGGACUGCACAGAAAUUCCCAGCAAUCAGAGAGCCUAUCUGAGAUUGACAUAUGGAGAUUUACUUGUUUUGUCUGACAAUUGGCCACAAUCUUCAUUGAAUUUAUUGACCAGUUGAGCAUUUUCUCCCACUUAAAGCUUUUGAUUUAAACUAGAAAUUGAGAAAAGAAAGGAAAGUGUGCACAUCAACACUGGUCACCAUCCUAAUUCAUAUUUAUUUGUAUAUUUUUUAAGAAGUUAAAACAACCCUCAGUUAAUGAUGUCUAGUCAGAGAAUUUUUCCGACUGAUUCUUAAUCCCAUCCUGCAUCUCUAUUUUAUCAGGCAAAAAAAAGGGGGUUUAAUUGCUAGCCUUUAAGUAAGUCUCAUUUAAAUAGAUAAGAGAUUUUAACUAAAAUAUUUGUUUAAACAUUUGCUUUUGAUUAGCUAAUUCAGUACCGUGAUGCUGUCAUCAUUGUUAGUUCUGUUCAUUUUAAUGAUAAUGUCAUAAUGUGUUCUAUGUGUUUUCUAUUCUGAAAACAACAAACACUUUAUUUCUCUCCAUCAUUGAAAAAAAGUCUUUUUUUUUAAAUUAUCCACUUUUUUUUCUCUUAUUUUUUAUCCCCCAAACUAAAUAUAACCAUCUUUUUUUAAAUCAUUGACUAAAUAGAAAUCAUCUGCUUUUUUCAACAAAGAUUUUGAAUUCAUAAAAGCAUUUGUCAUGAGCUCUGUUGCUUUAUUUUCUGACACUCAAAAGAGAAGAGAGAAAAAAUGAUGAAAGCAGCAUACUCAAAUAUGCCAUUGUCCUCUGGGUGCUCAUGCAGCUUUGUAAACUGUUGCCAAAUAUAGCAAUCCAUUGCAUCAAGCAUCUUUGUUUUCUUUUGUUAAUUUGACCCCUUUGCUUUUAUUUAUUUUUUUUUAUUUUAGUUACUUCACAUUAUGUUACAUUUGCCACCUGUUUCUUAUAUCCACCAAUAUUUUGAAAUCCCAAUGCAGACAUGUAAAGAUCUGUCUUAAUUUUGUAUGUACUGGUCCCCUGUGACUGAAAAUUUUGAAAUGUAUGUGCAACACUAAUGCUUAACAUACUUUGCUGCUAUAUCUAGAUUAAUAAUGCAGCCACCAAAAUCCAUUAGAAAAUGUGUUGAAGUUCUCCUGUCUGACAAAAAGUGCAAAAGAUUCUAACUAAAACACAUGAAUUGAUAUAAUCAUAAUUUUUUGUUCAAAACAAAAAUUUUAUUCUAUCAUUUGUAAAACUCGAUACCUUUGACUACAGUUGGUUCUUCUUAUUUAUUGAUCCCUAGUCAGGUUCAGUAUCACUUUAAAUUAAAAGUAAGCUGCCAUUAAAAAAAAAGGCUAUUUUAAUCAUGUACUUAAUAACACUGUAAACUAGUAUAUAAAAAGAGCAAACAAUUAUUUGUCAGUUAGAUUUGUGCUUAAAAUUUUCAUAUUUUUUUGUCAGCCAAGUAGACCCAUGGUACAGAUAUUCUUACAUGUAAUUGGUUGUGCCUUCUUUAGAAUAUAUUUAAUUUUAUAAACUCUGAUUAAUCCUCUUUCUUUCUAGAUUUCCUUAAAAUAAGGUUAAAUUAUAAAGAGAAGAAUGGUCGUGAAACUUUUGCAGAUGCUUGUAAAUAUUACAAUGAUUUUCUCACAGAAAUUAAUGUUUUUAAUAGUUUAUAAAAUGCUUAGCAUAAACAUGUUUGCAAAAAUUAAAAUCAUUUAAUUCAAAAGAAUAAGAUAAUAUUGGGCACCUUCUGUUGGAUAUUUUACAAAAACAAAUAAAACAACGGAUUUUAAGAAAUGAACGUUGAAUAAUUAAAUGUAUAGGCAGAGUUAUGAAAACAUGACGUACCAAAAUCUGCAAACAUUUGUCAGUUCUGGCACUAUUAGUAGAAUCCUUUGGCCUUUUUAUUUCCAGCAGUCUCUCCCACUAUGUGAACUGGAUGCACUGCCUGGGUCCACUCACUCCCUUCAGCAAAUUUCAGAAAUGGUCAUCUGCCUCAUGUAUUCGUAUGUCUUCCUCCUUUAUCAAUGAUAUUCCAGGCAAUCACAGCAGGAUUGUUGGACAGUGUUUGUUGCAGGGUUCCUGGGCUUGUAUCUUUAUCUUCCAUCUUAUUUCUUUAUCCAAGUGUAAUGUUCUUAAGGAGCAACACCUAAAUUUGGACAGAUGUGGUCAGCAAAUCUUGCAUCACUCGGACAUCUUUCAGAGUGAUGAUAAAUGUCCAUUUUCAUUUAUUUCUAUAAUAAAAAAAUAUUUUAAAAAAUACUUGGGUUAUUUAAGAUGCUUAUUAUAAAAUAUUGAAUGUUGCUGGAUUAUGUCCCUUGAGCCAGCCUCAUAAGUGUUCGAGAUUGAUACCUUUGUUGUGAUUCCUAGACUCUAUUUUUAUCGCCUGUUGGUAAAAGCUUACAGAUACUGUAAAUAGUUUUAGCUGUAGGCAUCAUGUUGGCAAACGUCAUUGCUGAGCGAAUAUGCCCUUGUCAUACUGACAAGCUUUGCUUCUGUGGCACAAUGUCAGAGUUGAGCAAGGGGAGACUUAUGUACAUACCUGGUGCUUAACAAAAUCCAGACUUGUGUGAUAAUUUGUGAAUACCUUUUUUGUGUGUAUAAUGAUUACAAGAAUAAACACAUGUAGUAAUGAAUGCCAUCAC